AUGAGGCAAUCAAUCAACGUGGUCUGGAUCGGCAAGGAUACUAUCAAAGUGACCGCUUCUAACAUGUAUCUGAACAAGAAGAAGAUUGUCAACCAGACUUGCGAAAUCGCCGAAAGCGGCGCCGACGAUUCGAUGCAGUCGCCAUCUAUCCGCAACCAGCGGGAAGACGUAGACAGGGCCAAGCAGAAAGAACCGGAAAAGUAUACUUUCGUGCCACGACCGGUGGGUCUGCACCUUCAUAAAAACCUGAUUCUAGGAACGGAUGCAAUACCAGAGGCAGCUGACCGGCUCCAACACAAGCCAACGCGCAGUACGAUCGCCACCCUGGUCACGAUCUUCACGUUCGACAACCAGCUGUGUCAAAUCGUCCGUGAGCGUGGCCCAAUCCACGAUAACCACAUCUACCAGAUCUACCGGGGUCGUAACUUCGCCGGCCAGGUCAGUGACGGCCGACCGGAAGCCUUUCAGCAUCAGGUUAUGUCGAGCAUUCUUUUCCUGCCUGGAUACCAAACCAUAUUCUGCCCGACCACGCACGUCGAUGUCGGGCACGUAAUGUCGAUGAAACCCCCUGAUGCAGGUUCCCCGCAGCAGCACGUCAAAGUGCCGGUGUCGGUCUCGAUGGCGGAACCCUCGUCCGGAUAGCGGAUGCCCUUU